CCGCUGCCCGCCCCGGAGCCGCACCGCCGGGGCCGGGGAAGGGGAAGCCGCGCGGGGACUGGCGGCACGAGCGCUGUCGGGAUGGCGCGGGGGGCAGCGUGGAGGCUGUGGGCAGCGCUGGGCUGCGGGCUGUGCCUGCUGGCGGGCGGGCAGGAGCAGGCGGGCGGCCGGCAGCCCUGGAGGCAGCUCAUCCAGUGGGAGAACAACGGCCGCGUUUACAGCUUGCUUAAUACCGGCGCCGAGUAUGUACCGGCAAGGCAGGAGAGACCCGGAGGGAGCCGGGUGUUGCUGGCGGGGACGCUGAGGGGAGCAACGGGCAGCGUCCGGCGGCAGGCACCGGCAGUAGCGCCGCGACCGCCGGGCUCCGAGACGGUGCGGGGGCAGACGCGGCAUCCCUUCGGCUUCGGGCAGGUGCCCGAAAAUUGGCGCGAAGGCCCGGUGGGCGACAGUACCGCUUCGCAACGGCUCCGGCCCGCUGGCCGCUUGCGACAACCUUCCUCCGCCUCCUCCUCUUUCGCCUACGCCUCCGCCGGGCAGCCACCAUACCCCGAAUUCCCCUUUGCCCCUCAGCACGAGCCCUAUGAGGCGCCCCGGGCGUACGACGAGGCGUACACCUAUUACCGGAGCGCCGGCGGGGCAGCCGUGGCUUCGGCGGCAGCGGGUGCCAGCGUGGUUUACCCCUUCCAACCCCAGGCACGCUAUGAGGACUACGGGGAGGAACAGAGCCCCUACAGAGCCCAGGGUCACUACCCGGCAGCUGAGCGCCCCUACGUGCCCGUCGCUCCCCAGCCAGUUGACAGCCUGGACCGCCGGUAUUCCCAUAGCUUGUAUCACGACACGGGAGGCUCACCAGAGCAGAGUGCCACAGACACAUACACCAACCAGCAAUCUGCUGGCCAUGACAUCGUGUCAGCAGAUAACCUACAAGGUCCCACCAGGACUGGGUAUGGGGGCCAGUAUGUCCCCUAUGAGCUGCAGCCUCCUUUUCGGGCACUGGAGCCUUAUGUGAUGUCUCGCCCUGAGUCCUACCUGCCUGCCAGGAGCCCUGAAAUGCCUCAGGCUGUCCCUGACAGUCAAGCCCGGGUCAGCGUGGGCAGUGUCUACAGGCCCAGCCACAGUGGACGGGGUCUCCCUGACUUGGUGCCGGACCCCAACUACGUACAAGCAUCCACCUAUGUACAGCGAGCUCACCUGUACUCACUGCGCUGUGCUGCUGAGGAGAAGUGCCUGGCCAGCACUGCCUACACUGCCGAAGCCACCGACUACGACAUCCGGGUGCUCCUGCGGUUUCCCCAACGGGUGAAGAACCAGGGGACAGCCGACUUUCUGCCCAGCCGACCCCGGCACAGCUGGGAGUGGCACAGUUGCCACCAGCACUACCACAGCAUGGAUGAGUUCAGCCACUAUGACCUGCUGGAUACCACUACAGGGAGAAAGGUGGCUGAAGGCCACAAGGCUAGCUUUUGCCUGGAAGACACCACCUGCGAUUUUGGCAACCUGAAGCGUUAUGCCUGCACAUCGCACACCCAGGGCUUGAGCCCAGGCUGCUACGAUACCUACAAUGCUGACAUCGACUGCCAGUGGAUUGAUAUCACAGACGUGCAGCCAGGGAAUUACAUCUUAAAGGUUCAAGUGAACCCCAAAUACAUCGUCCUGGAGUCAGACUACACCAACAAUGUAGUGAGGUGCAACAUCCAUUACACUGGCCGCUAUGUCGCCACGACAAACUGCAAGAUUUCCCAAUCUUGACGGGAGCAGAGGCGGAGGGACAUCACCUGCUGCAGCUUCUGUGUCCCCCUCUUGAGAAAGGGCCUGAUCUGACUCCUCUGUCUCACUGCAGACCCAGGAGCCCAUCACCAGCUCCUUGAAACAACCCCAACCCCAUCAUUUUGUCACUUUUAAAGCAGGGGAUGCAAGAAGGACUCUUUUAUACUUAACUUUUCUUUAACCUUCUGGGAUUUUUCCCAUUUCCCAAGGUAAACCGACGCUGGAAGCAAGUUAGAGACCCAUAAAAGCCAUAUAAAUGCUGUAAAGUGCCUAUCAGCAAUAGAAUGUUCUGGAGACUUUAAGCCCUUUGGCAUUUUUUUCGGAGGGAGAUGUCUCUAGCAAUGCUGCCUCCCUGGAGUGGGGAAGAAGACAGCCAGGGUUUGGAGGUGCUACCCUGGCACAGAUGCUGGACCACUCUUCUUGAGGUGGCUGCCACAUUGGGAUGCUCCAGGUACUUGUACUGAAGAUACUGGAAAUCUCAUCACAUUAACAGGGCACUCGCUCUGUUUUUUGGCUUUUAAAACUCAAGAGGGAGUCUGUGAAAUGGCUGGAAGUCUUGGUUUAUUAUUGUUAAUAUUAUUGUUAUUUUCAUGAGCUUUGAAAACAGAAACCAUUAA